AUGGACCAUGAAACAGUGGGGAAUAUUGUUUUGCUGGCAAUUGUCACCCUCAUCAGUGCCGUCCAGAAUGGGUUCUUUGCACACAAAGUAGAACAUGAAAGUCGGAGCCAAAAUGGGAGGAGCUUCCAGCGAACCGGGACCUUUGCUUUUGAGCGUGUCUACACAGCCAACACUCCUGGCUACAUCUUUGGGAAACGCAUCAUAUUUUUUCUCUUCCUCAUGUCUGUUGCCGGCAUCCUCAACUACUACCUCGUCCUCUUUUUUGGAAGUGACUUUGAAAAAUACAUAAAGACAAUAACUACGACUAUCUCCCCACUACUUCUGAUUCCCUAAUUCUCCCCUGAGCCUGAAAUCAGUGGUCUCAGCUAAUUAAUACAUAGAAACCAUAGUAAUUCAACCCUUUAUGGGGCUCAUCCCCUCUUUAAAUGGCUGUAAAUCAGAUAAUUUCCUGGGCUUCAUGGUUUGAGGUCACCUCCAUUUUUCAUGGAAGAAAAGGGUUUAGAAUCAGCUCCACACCUUAAGAAUGUCUCUGGUAUUAGUUUGAGUUUUCAGAUAUGUCCUGUAUAGUUUUUGAUUUAUCCUGCUCUCUGAUUUCUGCUCUGUGGAAUAUUGUGUGACUUCUGUCAUCAUCAGCACCUGUUUUCUUUAAUAAAA